GGGAUCUAGAACAUCCCAUACUGUUUACCAAGAUGCGCUGCUUUUUAAAUCUCUCACCAACCAAAUUCAAGGAUAUCGACCAGCAAAACAGAAUAGAUGAAUGUGGAUAUAAUAAAUCCUUACUAAGUAAGGAAAUAGAUGAAUUGGAAUCCUGCCUCACAGGGCUUGGAUGCCCAGUGGUCUUUUCACACAAUGACAUCCUUCUGGCAAAUGUUAUUUGGAAUAAAGCAUCCCAAAAAGUGGGUUUCAUAGACUAUGAAUAUGGAGGAGCUAAUUAUCAAGCAUUUGAUAUUGGCAAUCAUUUCAACGAGUUUGCUGGUAUGUAAAAAAAGUACAGUAAUGGCAUUAACUGAAUGUGUGACAGUGAUAGUAUUUUCUUCUUUGUCAGGUCAUGCUGUCUCAUUGG